AAAUUUGUGUAUUAAACUGGAACUAUUUUUUCGAGCCGCAAAACAUUAAACUUGUCCUCUUGACUUGAACAGCUGCAAGUCAGAGGAUUUAUUUACACCUAUAAAAACAGAAGGUAAGCUGACAACAGCAAACAACAAAGACGACAGGACACGACGGUAGUAAUGGCAACCAAAAUCGGGAAAAUGUUUCAAAAAGCGUUCCACACAUGUGAUAGUUCGUACCCAUAAAGGAUGUGUGGGAAACGCACCUCUGGCUCCAGGACACAGGACACUUUGUUUGGAGCGCAUAAACAAAUGGCGGCCCAUGAAUGACACGGACAAGAUAACUGUAUAUUAUUUAUGGGGGGAAAGGCGCGGAGGGGUUCUAAGGUCGUGCGUGAAACUUCCAGCGGGCGAGGAAAUCCCGACCGCCAUAGACAAGGGGAAGCCACCCACGCUCCACUGGAACUGCACUGCUGGAACUCAUAAAGUAUUCAUUAAUUGGAAAAGUGACCAGGGCACUCGGAACCGGGCUCGUAGAGCUAAAAACCGAGUCACUUGUCAAUUUUGAAACUCAGUUUCGUUUCGGACGUUCGUCGAGGAGUACGUGUUCGGUUUGUUGAACCCUCGGAAAUCAGAACGCCGCUAAUUCAGGAAUCAAAACACACCAGAACCGGCAACGUCAUGUAGUUCGCUUUUGUGCGUGUUGCCGACGAUAAAACGCGAGAACAAGUAUCCCAGAGAUACCGAUAAUAAAUGUAGACAUAUUGUUUAUAAUAUGCACAUUGAGCGAAUACCAUUAACGGUAGCCAUGGACAGCGUGCAAAACAUUUGUGGAAUUUUACCAAUUUAAUAAACAGAACUGCUUCUGAAGAACUCCAUUAGCGGAAUAAUCACUUUUUGAGUAGAGAGUGAACACUCACGGGUGUGCGGUAGGGAAAACACAAUUGCGAAAAUUCAGCUAUACUGGCCACCGAAUGGAUAAUGGGUAUUUGUUUAGACACAGAUGCCAGCGCGGCACAAGAUACCGGCGAACAAGGCAACGAUUGGAGUCUUACACGGAAUCGAAAUGGCCAAAAUGCUGGCGAUUUGGAGGCCGCUGCGGCGGGGGGGCGAUUCGGUUCUGCCAAUGUCGGCGCUAUCGAUAUGCAAAAUGCUGGAAAAAUCAAAUUCGAUCCGCCCAAAGUGCCAGUGAUAUUUGUUUUAGGCGGCCCCGGUAGUGGCAAGGUCACCCAUUGCGACACUUUCAUGCAGGAGCGACGCGGAGUAACGCACAUCAACAUGAUGGAUCUGCUGCAGCAAUAUGCAAUGGGCAAUGACAUGCAGGACUUUUCGCAACUAUCGUCGAAAACAGUCACCGAGGUGCUGAUGUUGGAAAUGAAAAUGGCUCCAGCUGCCAAAGCAUACCUGAUAUCGGGAUAUCCACGCUCAAUGCGCGACGUUGUCGAGUAUUCUGAGAAGAUUCAAGUCGUGAAUGGCGUGAUUCUCAUAUCCUGGCGUCAAUCGGUUUUACAGAAGCAAAUCGAUUAUGGGGCCAAAUUAGGUCAUGUAGUACUCUCCUUAGCCAAAAUGGAAUUGGAAAAUUUCUUCAAAAAUGUGAUGCCAGUCGCUGAUUAUUUUGAUCAAAGCGACAUGUUGUUGGCCGUAAAUGGCGAGCGUGCUCCCACAGAGGUGUACAAAGACUUUCGCACCGCUGUCCUCGAUAUACUAAGCGCCCUCGAGAACCAAGAGGCCGUGAUGAACGGAGUUACAGGUAUGGGCAGAGGGAUACAUGAUAUACCCGGCAGUAUAGUUAGCGUAGACACCGCACCAAGUCAAGCCCAACAAGCGCCUCAAAUUGCAGAAGACAUCGCGACCACGGGCACCGUUCUGGCCAGAGAUUUGGCCAUCGAACCCAUGGUGGGUGGGCGUGGUGGUCCCAAUGGGUCAGUGGCCGUGGCCAUCAAAACGGGGACCACCAGUGCGGAUGACGACAGUGGUGUUGUGGUCACCCAGCAGCCAAAGUUGCGACCGGAAGCCGGACCGGAUGAAUCGAGUCUGCCACCCAUUAUUUGGGUGAUCGGCGGUCCUGGCAGCAACAAGGCCACACUUUGCCUCAAGGCCGUCGGUCUAAAUCCUGGCUGGGCUCACAUUAGUGUCGGUCGCCUGUUGCGCAAUAUCACGGACUCUGCACCACGUGCCAAUACGGAAAGUUUCGCAGUGAAAGAGGCUUUGGCCGCCGGGGAUAUGGCCCCAGAAAAGGCGCUCCAUCAGCUGCUGGAAACCAAUCUGCAACAGUUACGAGAUAGAACUGGAAUCAUCAUAGAUGGGUACCCCAGGAAUAUUCAGCAUGUAAAGUACUUUGAGAAUAAGUACAAACAAAGACCGCCCAUUAUCCUGCUCGAUUGCUCAAAACUUCAGCUGGGCAGAGGACGAAUAGACGAUACAGUAUCCUCAUUUCGCCGUCGUUUGGAGCUCUUUCGCGAGCAAACCCUGCCAAUGCUUAAGAUCCUGGAUACCAGCAAUCGUUUGCAGAUUGUCGAUGGAGACACGGACAGUCCAUCCGUGCAGCGUGAAUUCGAGCGUCUCAUCCGUAAUCACAUUCAGAGGCUGUUGAACAAAACCGAUGACACGGAUGAUGCAGCCCCGCUGGACAACCAAAUGAUGCGUAACGAGCAAACGGAUGCCAUCCUCCAUGAUCUGGAGACCAAUGUCCCGGGAGCCGUGCCCACAAUAAGUCACCACGUAAGCAUGAUGAACGGCCAUCUGAAGAAUCGGGGCAGUGCCUUGGGCAGUGGGAAGCACCAGGGGCAGAUGAUGAACGGACAUGUUCCCGGCAGACCCGGAACCGGAACAGGAAACGGACCAGUCGCCCAACCCGCAACCGUCGAUUUCCGGCACAUGCUCGAGGAGGCCGAGCGAUAUCCGGUCGAUUCGUAUAUGUAGAGUAGGCGUACGAGUCAAAGGAAUCCGUGGUGCAAGCAUAUUUCAAAGCUUUAUAGUUUUCUAAUGGACCUAGACUAAGCGUAUUGUUAAUGCUGGUUUUGUUGAAUUUUUAAGGGAGUAGGUAUGUGCUAGGGACCAAUGCGUAAAUAAGUCCGACUAGUUUAAGAGUUAGAAGAAUUCAAUUCAGUACUUUAUUUCACUAGACGAGUACCGACUAAGCCUAACCUAAGAGUGCCUUCGUUGCAGGCACCAAUGUAAUUGAGGGGUAGCCAUAAACUUGAACGAUUUCAAUAAAAGCAAAAACUCCAAAUAUGGUCAUUAAACUA